AAUAGUUUCAAAAAAAAAAAAAAAAAGAGUUUGUUUCAUUCGUUCCCGAUUCUCUCUCGCUUUCAGGUGGACGGAAGAGAGAGAAAACUCUGGAAGUUACAGAGAGAGAGAGAGAGAGAGAGAGAACAGGGGAGUUUCACGUUAAUGGCGGCUUCCAACGGGAGCGAGUACUUCGAGUUUGAGAUAGAGACCGGAAACGAGACGUUCGCGAGGCCGUCGAACGCCGAGUCCGUGGCGGCCGACGAAGAGGAGCUUCUAUGGGCGGCCAUCGCCAGAUUGCCUUCUCAGAAGCGUUCGCACGUCGCCUUGUUGAGAAAGACGCCUUCGGGGAAAGGAGGCGCAGAGGCGAUCGACGUCAGGAAGCUAGAUCGCCAUGGACGAGAGCUUCUUGUGAAGAAAGCUUUGGCGACCAGUGAUCAAGAUAAUUACAAGCUUCUUUCCGCCAUUAAAGAACGCCUUGAUCGUGUCGGAUUAGAAGUGCCAAAUGUCGAAGUACGCUUCGAGGACUUGAAUGUUGCGGCGGAUGUUCAUACUGGUUCAAGAGCUUUGCCUACUCUUAUUAAUUAUACACGUGAUGUUCUUGAGAAUGUCCUUACUAGUUUGAGGAUAUUUCGACCAAAAAGGCAUUCUUUGACCAUUUUGAACAACAUCAGCGGCGUUGUGAAACCUGGAAGGAUGACCUUGCUAUUAGGUCCUCCAGGCUCGGGAAAAUCCACUUUGCUUUUAGCUCUUGCUGGCAAACUUGAAAGCAAUUUAAAGAAAACUGGAAAAAUCACUUACAACGGCCAUACACUUGAUGAAUUUUGUGUUCAAAGGACUUCUGCCUAUAUCAGCCAAACAGACAAUCAUAUUGCAGAACUGACCGUGCGAGAGACCUUGGACUUUGCAGCUAGGUGUCAAGGUGCAAGUGAAGGAUUUGCAGCAUACAUGAAAGAUCUUGCCGAGUUAGAGAAGGAGCGGAAAAUUCGACCAAGUCCAGAGAUUGAUGCAUUUAUGAAGGCAUCAUCUGUUGGUGGUAAAAAGCAUAGCGUAUCAACAGAUUAUUUGCUGAAAGUUCUAGGACUCGACAUAUGUUCAGAGACGGUUGUUGGCAGCGACAUGCAUAGAGGGAUAUCAGGUGGACAAAGAAAAAGAGUUACUACAGGAGAAAUGGUUGUGGGCCCGAGGAAAACUCUAUUUAUGGAUGAAAUAUCCACCGGGCUUGAUAGUUCUACUACAUUUCAAAUUGUGAAAUGCAUUGGGAACUUUGUACAUCAAAUGGAAGCAACUGUACUGCUGGCUCUACUUCAGCCUGCACCUGAGACAUUUGAGUUGUUUGAUGAUCUUGUGCUCUUAUCAGAAGGAUAUGUGGUGUACCAAGGUCCUAGAGAAGAUGUGUUAGAGUUCUUUGAGUCAUUAGGUUUUAGAUUACCACCACGAAAGGGUGUUGCAGAUUUUCUCCAAGAGGUGACAUCUAAGAGGGAUCAAGCUCAGUACUGGGCAGAUCCUUCAAAACCAUACGUGUAUCUUUCUGUUCCAGAAAUUGCUAAAGCCUUUAAAAAUUCCAAAUUUGGAAGGUCUUUGGAUUUCACUCUUUCUGUUCCAUAUGACAAAUCUAAAAGCCAUCCUUCGGCUUUAUCAAAAUCAAAAUAUGCUGUUUCAAAAUGGGAACUGUUCAAAGCAUGCUUUGCAAGAGAAGUACUCUUGAUCAGCAGACAUCGUUUUCUUUACUGUUUUAGGACAUGCCAGGUAGCAUUUGUUGGAUUCGUUACAUGCACCAUGUUUCUUCGAACGAGAUUACACCCCGUAGAUGAGAUAGAGGGCAACCUUUAUCUUUCGUGCUUGUUCUUCGGUCUGGUGCACAUGAUGUUUAAUGGAUUUUCCGAGCUGCCUCUUAUGAUAUCUCGGCUCCCAGUUUUUUACAAGCAAAGGGAUAAUUUGUUUCAUCCUGCAUGGGCGUGGUCCUUUUGUAGUUGGCUUUUGCGUGUUCCUUACUCCAUUAUCGAAUCUGUUGUCUGGUCUUGCGUCGUCUACUACACUGUUGGUUUCGCCCCUGGUGCUGGGAGAUUUUUCCGUUUUAUGCUUUUGCUCUUUGCCGUGCACCAAAUGGCAUUGAGUCUGUUCCGGAUGAUGGCAUCUCUUGCACGAGAUAUGGUUAUCGCCAAUACAUUCGGCUCAGCUGCACUGCUGAUUAUUUUCUUGUUGGGUGGAUUCAUUAUUCCCAAAGCAAUGAUUAAGCCAUGGUGGGUUUGGGGCUUUUGGGUGUCACCACUAUCAUAUGGACAACGUGCAAUUUCCGUCAAUGAAUUUACGGCCACUAGAUGGAUGGAGAGAUCGGCUCUUGGGAACAACUCAGUGGGGUACAAUAUUCUGCAUUCACAUAACAUACCGAGUGGAGAUUAUUGGUAUUGGCUUGGAGUUGGAGCUCUAUUCCUUUAUGCUUUGCUUUUCAACAACAUUGUGACUUUGGCCUUGGCCUACCUCAAUCCCCUGUGGAAAGCCCGGACAGUGAUUCCAACUGAACAAACGGAAGAUAGUCUAGCAGAAGUGUGCUGCAACACCAACGAAUUAAAAACAUCUGCGGUAGUUGACACAAAGAAGGGAAUGAUUCUUCCAUUUAAACCUUUAACAAUGACUUUUCAUAAUCUCAAUUACUUCGUUGAUAUGCCAAAGGAAAUGAGAUCGAAAGGCAUACCAGAAAAUAGGUUGCAACUCUUGUCAAAUGUAAGUGGGGUAUUCUCACCAGGUGUCCUCACUGCUUUAGUUGGGUCAAGUGGAGCUGGUAAGACUACCUUGAUGGACGUUUUAGCUGGGAGGAAAACUGGUGGCUACAUAGAAGGGGUUAUUAAAAUUUCUGGUUACCCCAAAGAGCAACGCACUUUUGCAAGGAUAUCAGGAUACGUUGAGCAAAAUGACAUACACUCUCCUCAAGUGACAGUUGAGGAGUCUCUCUGGUUUUCUUCGUCUCUUCGCCUUCCAAAGGAAGUUAGCCAAGAGAAAAGACGUGAAUUUGUUGAAGAAGUAAUGAGAUUAGUGGAGCUUGAUACUCUAAGGCAUGCUCUGGUUGGUUUACCUGGAAGUUCAGGGUUAUCAACAGAGCAAAGAAAGCGUUUAACCAUUGCAGUGGAGCUUGUGGCAAAUCCUUCAAUUAUUUUUAUGGAUGAACCUACAUCUGGACUUGAUGCGAGAGCAGCAGCCAUUGUGAUGAGGACCGUACGUAAUACUGUUGACACGGGAAGAACCGUAGUUUGUACAAUACAUCAACCGAGUAUUGAAAUAUUUGAGGCAUUUGAUGAGCUUCUUCUAAUGAAACGAGGGGGUCGACUUAUAUAUGGAGGAAAGCUUGGUCUACACUCGCAGACAAUGAUAGACUAUUUUCAGGAAAUCAAUGGAAUCCCUCUAAUUGCUAGUGGGUAUAAUCCAGCAACUUGGAUGCUUGAAGUUACCACACCUGCUGCUGAAGAGAAAAUUGGCAAAGACUUUGCAAAUAUGUACAGAAAUUCUGAGCAAUUCAAGGAGGUAGAAGCUUCUAUUAUCCGUUUUAGUACUCCAGCUCCUGACUCAGAACCACUCAAAUUUGCUUCCACUUAUUCACAAGACAAGCUGUCUCAGUUUUUGACCUGCUUAUGGAAACAAAAUCUCGUAUAUUGGAGAAGUCCACAAUACAAUGCCAUGAGGUUAUUUUUCACUACAGUGAGCGCAUUGAUAUUAGGCUCAGUGUUUUGGAAUGUUGGUUCUAAAAGGGACUCAACUCAAGAUCUGUUGAUGGUUAUGGGAGCUCUUUAUGCGGCCACAUUGUUUCUCGGGGUCAACAAUGCUUCUUCAGUACAGCCAAUUGUUUCCAUUGAGAGGACAGUAUUCUAUCGAGAGAAAGCAGCUGGAAUGUACUCUCCAUUGGCAUAUGCAGUAGCCCAGGGCCUUGUGGAGAUUCCAUACGUUGCUGUGCAGACCAUAAUUUAUGGUGUCAUCACGUAUUUCAUGGUUAAUUUUGAAAGGACAAUUGGGAAAUUCUUACUCUACAUAUUGUUCAUGUUCCUCACUUUCACCUACUUUACCUUUUAUGGCAUGAUGGCUGUUGGCCUCACACCGUCUCAGCACUUAGCAGCAGUCAUCUCUUCUGCAUUUUACUCCUUGUGGAAUCUCCUCUCAGGUUUCCUUGUCCCAAAACCAAAUAUCCCUGGAUGGUGGAUUUGGUUCUACUACAUCUGUCCUGUUGCGUGGACACUUCGAGGGAUUAUCAGUUCUCAGCUUGGUGACGUGGAAACCAAGAUUGUAGGACCAGGAUUUGAGGGCUCUGUGAAAGAGUAUUUGGAGGUCAAUCUUGGCUUUUCUCCGGGGAUGAUUGUAGUUUCAGCGGUAGUCCUUCUUGGCUUCAACAUUCUAUUCUUCAUUGUGUUUGCUCUCUCGGUCAAGAUCCUUAACUUUCAGAAGAGAUGAACCAUGCUCGGUUUCUCAACAUCAGAAAUGGUCUUCCCUGUAUUCUACAAUUUGAAGAAACAGUGAGACACAGACAAGUGAGUGCUUUUGCUCAUGGCCUUCUCUGGAGACAAAAUCUCAUUCGAGAAUGAAUCUCGAAGUGGCAGGAGCUCUUCAACUAUGCUAUAGACCACUCCAAUCUAUAUACGUCAUUUACUAUGUCACAGCCUAGUUUAAACCAUGUAGUAGACGUUUG